AUGUGGGCACCCAGGCUCCAUCACCUCUGUCUGACCUUCCUGCUAACCUGUGUUUUUACCUCAGUCUUCUUUCUCCACAUCCACCAAGACCUCUUUCACAAUGGCUUAGGCCUGUCUGCCCUAUGCCCAGACCGUAACCCAGUGACAUCCCCUGUGGCCAUCACCUGCCUGUCGGGCACACCCAUAAACCCCAGCGCCUCUUUUUCCUGUCCCAAGCAUCCCGCUUCCCUCUCAGGAACCUGGACUAUCUACCCAAACGGCCGGCUUGGGAACCAGAUGGGGCAGUACGCCACGCUGCUGGCCCUGGCCCAGCUCAACAGCCGCCAGGCCUUCAUCCAGCCUACCAUGCACGCCACCCUGGCCCCCGUGUUCCGCAUCACCCUGCCCGUGCUGGCGCCUGAGGUGAACAACCGUACGCCUUGGCGAGAGCUGGAGCUUCACGACUGGAUGUCGGAGGAGUACGCCCAACUGAAGGAGCCCUGGCUGAAGCUCAGCGGUUUCCCCUGCUCCUGGACUUUCUUCCAUCAUCUCCGGGAACAGAUCCGCAGUGAGUUCACCCUGCACGACCACCUUCGGCGAGAGGCCCAGAGUUUACUGAGUCAGUUUCGGCUCAGCCGCACGGGGGGCCGCCCGAGCACCUUCGUGGGUGUCCACGUGUGCCGUGGGGACUACCUGAAGGUGAUGCCCUAUCACUGGAAGGGUGUAGUGGGUGAUCGCGCUUACCUCCAGCAGGCUAUGGACUGGUUCCGGGCCCGGCAUGAAGCCCUGAUCUUUGUGGUCACCAGCAACGGCAUGGAGUGGUGCCGGAAAAACAUCGACACCUCCCGGGGGGAUGUGAUCUUCGCUGGCGAUGGGCAAGAAGGUGCCCCCAGCAAAGACUUUGUGCUGCUCACACAAUGCAACCACACCAUCAUGACUAUUGGCACCUUCGGAUUCUGGGCCGCCUACCUGGCUGGUGGAAACACCAUCUACCUGGCCAACUUCACCCUGCCUAACUCCAGCUUCCUGAAUAUCUUUAAACCCGAGGCCGCCUUCCUGCCUGAGUGGGUGGGCAUUAAUGCAGACCUGACUCCACUCCAGACAUUGGCUGAGCAUUGAGCAGCAGGGAGACUUUCUGAAAUAGUCUGAUCAACCUAGGGCCAGUGUUAUGUAUCUCUGGAAGCCCAGCAGCUUCUGGAGAAGCUGGUGGUCCUGCAGCAGGUGGACAUCCAUUUCUAGAGUGAUUCUAGUUGGCUAGACUUGGAGAAAAAGGGGGGCUGGCUUUCUGCAACUGCUGGAACAUUCUAGAAUCAAUGGAAGAUCUUUUCAUGAUGGCUGGCAAUGUCUGCAGAAGCUCAUGGCGGUUCUAGAAGGCACCUGUUCUUCCCAGCCCAUAUCCAGAGUACUUCUAGAUCACUGCCCCACCAGGAACAGGGAACUCCCUGUUCCAUCAUUGACCAUCCUGGUCUUUUUGAGAAGAGAUAUUUCUCUUCCCUGGGUCAUCAGGACAGAAGGAACUCAU